GACUUUGAAGAAAUGCCUACUCGCAAUCACUCUGUUAUGACUUCACCCCCAAAAUAGAGUCAUGAUCAACCAGAGACCGAUCAAAUCCAGACCAUUUCCUUCUUCUUCUUCUUCUUCGUUAAUUUCAACUUCAGCAUCAUCUGCAUCAGUGUCUUCCCUUCCGCCAUCAUCGUCUCUCAUACAUAAAUCCGACCAAACCAUACCCAAGAUGGGUAAAAGAUCAAUCCUUAAACCAACCCUAGCUACAAUCCUCUUAAUCUUCGCUCUUUACGCCCUCUUCAAUACCUCAAUUUACCCUCACACCGACAACACUUUACCUACCCAAACCAGAUUUCAAGUUCCCCAAAAAGCAGUUCCAAUUUACAUGUACGAUCUGCCAAGAAAAUUCACCUAUGGCGUUAUAGAUAGCUACACACUCGCACGAGGUGGGACGCCAAACGAAGAUGUAACAAAGAUUACGUUCCCAGGGAAUCAACACGCCGCUGAGUGGCACUUGUUUUCUGAUUUGAAUAAUCCCAAAAGAUCCGGGUCUUAUGUGACCAGGGUUUCGGAUCCGGCCAAAGCUGAGCUGUUCUACGUGCCAUUCUUUUCAUCAUUGAGCUUGGUGGCGAACCCUAAUCGCGGUGGGGCGGGGUUCAGGGAGACGUAUAAUGACGAGGAGACGCAGGAGAGUUUGAUGGAAUGGUUGGAGAAACAAUUGUAUUGGAAGAGGAAUAAUGGGUGGGAUCAUGUGUUUAUCUGUCAGGAUCCAAAUGCAUUGUACAAAGUUGUUGAUCGUGUGAAAAAUGGGGUGUUACUUGUUUCCGAUUUUGGAAGGUUGGGUCGAGAUCAGGCGUCGUUGGUGAAGGAUGUGAUACUACCAUAUUCUCAUCGAAUAAAUUCUUAUAAGGGUGAGAUCGGGGUUGAAAACCGGAAGUCGCUGAUGUUCUUCAUGGGGAACCGAUAUCGGAAGGAGGGAGGAAAGAUCCGUGAUUUGCUAUUUCAGAUACUUGAGAGUGAAAAAGAUGUUAUAAUAAAGCAUGGUGCUCAAUCAAGGGAGAGUAGGCGAAUGGCUACACAAGGGAUGCAUACUUCUAAAUUCUGUUUACAUCCAGCUGGCGAUACACCAUCAGCAUGUCGCCUUUUUGAUGCCAUUGUUAGCUUAUGUGUUCCUGUUAUCAUCAGUGAUUAUAUUGAGUUGCCUUUUGAAGAUGUCAUAGACUACAGGAAAAUUGCUGUUUUUGUUGACACAAGUUCAGCUAUAAAGCCAGGCUACUUGGUUAAAUUGCUUAGAGGAGUAAAAAAAGACCGUAUAAUCGAAUUCCAAAGGGAAUUGAAAAAGGUGCAACACUACUUUGAAUAUGAUGAGCGAGAUGGAACAGUGAAGGAGAUUUGGAGACAAGUUUCUUUAAAACUUCCACUUAUUAAACUAAUGAUCAAUCGUGAUAAUAGGCUUGUGAAGAGGCAAUUAAUGGAACCCGAUUGUUCUUGCAUUUGCUCAAACCAAACAGGGAUCCAUACAUCAUUAUGAGGAAGGUUGUUGUAUGAAUGCUUCUUGACACAAAAACUAAAUAUGAUCAUUCUUGAGAUUAUGAGGCUAAAUUAGUCGCUAGUUUUAUGGAAAUAUGAGAGUUUUAGUAGUUGAUUUGAACAUAGAUGAGAGAAAGAAGAUGACUAGCUAUACGGUAUGAGUUCAUGUUGUAACAUGGAAGGAUUUUGGGUUUUAGCCAUGUGAGAUGAUGAUUUUGAGGGAUAUAUGUAUUGUUUGGCAAUCCCUUUAAUGGUUGUAACUAUAUUUUAAAUCGGGAUGUAAAUGACUUUUGAGCUAUCAAUUAUCAUUUUUGUUU